AUGGGUGGGGCAGGCACCUUGUCGGCACCCCCGGGCUUGGCUCCAGCCUCGGCCCGAGCACUUGGACGCUUACCCGGUUGCCUCCCGCUUGCGCAACUGGAUCAGGCGGCCGAGGAAUCCGGCUAUGAAACCAUUCUGGUGGACUCGGAUUGGCUGGAGAUCUUGCAAAGCCUUGACCAGCCGCUGGCCGAUAAGACGCCGCCCGUGACUUCCGCUGUUCAGGUGGAGCCCCCGCGCUGCUCUUUACCCCCGCAUCUUUAUGCGCAUCUGCUUCAGCCCUCCACCAACCAUCGGGCGCGAAGCAAGCACGGUGUUGACCUGCUAGUGGCCAUCACCGUCCCCGGACAACCCCGCCAGAGCGCUCAGCCCCAUGAGCCAGUGGAUGCUACAACACGCGUCACGCCAGCACCAGCAAAUCCCCCGGGCCGCACCAACGCAAGCGCACCUACAGCCACAGACCCAUCAACCCUACCCCCCGAAGAUGGCACUCAGGCCACCUCUGUCUUUGCUUCCCUGAUUGCAGCCAGUCACCAGGCCUCGGCGCAAGCCACGGCCGGCGUGCUUGCCCUGCUCCACAACCCGCGUGCUCUAGACAGCCGCAUCACCGCCACGUCCUUGGACGCCAACGCCCCGGCCUCUGCCGAAGCCUGUCAAGCCUGGCUUGAUGCUCUUGCCGCGGCUGGCCCCGUAUUCCAGCGCCUGCCCAGCGCGGAAGCCUUUGAGCUCCUGCCACUUCACCCAACAUCACCUGCGCCCAUGGCCACUGUUCCACCCUCACCUUUUCACGAAGUGCUUGGCCUGUUCCUCGAGGAUAACAGCACUACCAUCCUUUUGCGCCAUGAGACCUGCAGCGGUCACCACCUUCUGCGCCACGCCCCAGGACUGCUCAAUCUUAAUGGCAUGUCCACCAUGUACAUCUUUCAACAGCUCUGUGAUCAAGUGGCCAACCUGCACGAACAGGGUCUUACCCAUGGAAGGAUUGGUCUCGACACGAUCCGUGUCAAUCCACAGCUGCGCGUGACUCUUCUACCGCCCCAUCCCAACUUGAAUCUGAAUUUGCCACCCCCAGCUGCCCCCGGCACAGUUGACAUUAGUGAUCAGCUGCCCCUCGGCGUACUCGUCGAAGCAUGGCUUCUUGGAGGCAUUAGCAACUUUGACUAUCUGAUGGCCCUCAAUUCUCAUGCUGGCCGUCGACUCAACGACCCAAAUCACCACCCCAUCUUCCCAUGGAUCACCGACUUCUCUGGAUCAAGUCUUGGUGACUCGUGGCGCGACCUGACUCAGUCCAAGUAUCGCCUCAACAAAGGCGAUGCACAGCUCGAUCUGGCCUGGACCGGGCCGGACCCCCAUCACGUGGCAGACAUCCUCUCCGAGCUCUCCUAUUUCGUCCUGAAGGCGCGCGUGACACCCAAGGAUAUUCUUUGCGAGCAUGUGCGCUCACGCUGGGUGCCCGAAGAAUACCCCAGCUCAAUGCAUCGGCACACACAAACUUUGCCAGCCCCACCUGACACUCCCCACCUCUCCCUGCCCCGUGCUCACUUGUGCUUCACGCAGGAGCGCAUGUACAUGGUGUCUCCGGACGAGUGCAUCCCCGAGUUUUACACCGACCCCUCAAUGUUUCGCUCCAUUCAUGCUGACCUUCCUGACCUGCACCUGCCCGCCUGGGCCGACUCGCCAGAAGACUUUAUUGCCCAGCAUCGGGAGGCAUUAGAGAGUGAUUACGUCACGGAGCACUUGCACACUUGGAUUGACCUCACAUUUGGCUAUUUGCUGACGGGUGAGGCUGCGGUCAAGGCUAAGAAUGUGCCCUACGACUUGGUGGGCAAGCGCAACGUCUUGAAGAACAGUGGUGUGGUUCAAAUAUUUCAAGCUCCACAUCCAGCCAAAACUGGGCAACAAACCAUGUGGUCUCUCACCAACGCAAGCAACGUGUCAGACAUUGACGAGUCAGAGGACUUGGCUUUUGCUGCCUCGCUGACAAAAGAAGGCCUAGCCGCUGGCGCUCCAGAAGCGCUGCUCUCCUCUGUAGAAGCUCCGCGCAGCAACAGCGAAGCAGAGAUCCGGGUCGUAUCCAGCACAGGAAGUGUUGAUUUGUCAGAUGCCGCACUCGAUGUCGGUGCCGGUGACUCGUCAGACGUCGAUGCCGGCCCGGCUGCAGAUCACGUGGACGUGCUGGAGCGCCCCAUCGAACUGCCCGACCACUUGAUCUUCGAUGACGUGCUACAACAGCGAGCAGCCUUGGAGGGUCUCGCUCUCCCUUCGCUACCGCUCGUCACGAGUGAACAGACCCUGGAAACACAACCCACCUUCCCAUCAUCACCUGCGGGCUAUCAGUCCUGGGACCUCUUUUGCGUGGCCGUGGUCAUGGGCCAACUCAUGCUCUCUGAGACACUCAAAUCGCGUGUUUGGGCGCGCACACACGAGAGCGACUUUGUGCAGCAGCGCUACGCCCUAGCUCAGCAAAUGCUCACUCAAUGCGAAUCCGCUCCACUGCUGACAUUGACCGCUCUGGUCGGGCAGUUGAUUGCAGAACAUCAGCAGGCUCUUUUGCCGGGCACGCGAACUUGCAUCCUGCAUCUGCUAGCCAGUCAAGACCAGCGUCAGCUGCGGGCGCGGGAUUUAGCCCGGGGCCUGCACCACCCCUACGGUAUCGUGUAUCCAGAUGGAUUCAUCAUGACGACCGGCGUCUGUGCCCAGCUGGAGGAUGCCCAAACGAAGCAAGACAUGCUUCGCAUCUUUUCGAGUGAAAUGGAUACCAUCAGCAAUCUCCCAAUGGAGGGCUUGGAAAUGCUCCUGCCAUAUUUCAAGCAGGGGUUUGAGGACGUGGGCAGCGUGCGGCAGAGCCUGCGUCUGCUGCCCGCCAUGGCGCGGCUACUACCGCACUCCAUUCUCUACGACACCUUUGGACCCGUCAUACAACAUCCAAUUGAGCAAGGGGACGAACAGCUUGCCCCUAUUCUACUCGCCCAUAUGAGCGCAUGCGCCGACGCCUUGGCCUUCACAGCGCUCGAACAGACCUUGCCUCUGAUGACUCCUGCCGUGGUGGCUCGUGAUUUGAUCACUCCCAUCUUUCGUUGUGGGCAUCGCUCUGUGCCGAACCACAUGCCCCAGUGCAUGGCUUUGAUCGUGGCCACUUUCGGUGUGUCGCUGAUUGAUCAAUUUCUUUUGACGACCAUCACAAGUCGUUUGGACCAACUUUUGACGGCCUCACGGGGAACCAAUCGCGUCUUUUGUGACGUGCACAACCUCCUGACCAUCUUCCAUCACUUGUUGCAGCUCAUGCCGGAUGCGAUGGUUCUCGAGCAUGCCCACCAAAUCACAGAUCGCAUCGUGCGGGCGGCGCUGCAAAUCUGUGCAUCUGCCUCGCACAAACUUGAGGACACGGAGCGACGGGCGCUGCUUUGGCGCGCCGUUGACUUGGGCAUCCAGCUCGGCCGCCGCAUGUCUCGAGACACCGCACUCAGCAUUGUGCUACCUUGUUUUCAAACUUUUUUCUCCUACUGCUACAUCAGCUUGCUACCAGAUGAGAUGGUCACACAGCAAGAUGCUGGGGACAUGGGCUAUCUUCGGCAACUGUUCGAUGAGGAAAUCUGCACCUAUGCGUACAAUCACGCCUGUCGCAUUUUGGGACAGAUCAACGUACGCAACAAAAUUCCAAAAUUGGUGGCCCUGGAGGAGAUUAUAUAUCCUCGCCUUGGAGAUAUUCACACGCAGACGCUGCGCGGAUUUGCCGAAGAAGUUACCUACAACAAUGUCACAGACGGCGAAGCACGCGAAGAGCAUCGCCUUAGUGAAUACCCGACUAUCAAGGCGACUGCCGCGCGGCGAGUAUCAUUGCCAGCCCGUCAUUUGUUAAGCAGUGUUUCAUCAAAUGACAACGAGUCGAGCGACUUUAUCCUUGAGUAUGACCAGGUGGACUUGAGCGACGUGGCCGUGGCAUCCACGAGCAACGUGGCGGAUGGAUCUAAAAUGGCGAGCACCGGCACGGCAAACCUGACACCAAGCGCUCGAACCAGCACGAGUAGCGCUCUGGAUGCGCGCGCGCAGGAUCAGUUCUUCUUGGCUUGGCUCAAAUAUUGGCAGCUCUACCUCAACCAAUCGGGGUCGUGGCGCCAGCCGUAUCAACUGCAGGGCCAGGUUCUACAACAGUACCGUGGACACACGGGCGCGGUGCGCACGCUUGUCCCCUUGGGGUUCAACAAUGCAGCGUUCAUGUCCGGCAGCCGGGACCGUACGCUACGCGUCUGGACGCUCGAGCACCUGCAACAUGACUUGUCGUGGGAACCAUCGAUUCGUGACGGGCGCUGCGCGCUAGUGUAUGCCAAUCAUCAGCGGCCCAUAUUGGCGGCGACCACCGUCCCUGGGCGCUACAAGGCUGCAAGUUGUGACGGCAGCGUGCACAUCUGGGACGUUCGCUCGGGCGUGUGUGAGCACAAGGCGCAGCACGGCAAAAAUGGUUACGUGACCGUCCGCGGAGGCGUCGAGCAGGCGGUGCUCUUUGCUGGGGCCAAUGACGGCCUUAUCAACGUGCUGGACGUACGCACCCCCAGCAUGGUGGUACAGCAGUGGCACGCUUUUGCAACAGGCCGCCUCAGUGCCCUGAGCGCAGGUUCGGCGCCGGGGCAAGAACGAUGGUCGAUUGCCGACCUCGACGUUGUAGAGCACGACGUCAUGGUGGGGAUUGGGGCAGGCCGCUUGGCGCUCCUGGACACGCGUGUUGGCUACGUACGCGCCAGCUGGGUGCUGCCGCACACGGGGGAUCUGAGCAAAGCUCGCUUUGCCGCAGGUCAAGGAAACACGGCUCUGUACCUGCAGGGCCACCGGCUGCAUCGCUUGCAGCUCGAUGGGCAGGUGGGAGCCAGGGAUUUACCAUUGGCCAGUGAGGUGGUAGAUUUUGCGUUUGCCAAGCAAAACGAUUUGUUGAUGCUGCAGAGCAAUAAUCGGCUAGCCGUCAUCAACCAAUGGGCUGAUUGGGAGCAGUCGGAGAGCAAGACGCAUCGCCUCAAAACCCUUGUGCAGGGAUCAGUGCAGUCGUUGGCCUAUCUAGCCGACCAUCGAGCCGCCUUGGUGGGGAACGACAACGGCCAGCUGUCUGUGUUGUAUUAG